UUGGUUUGACAGGGAGCGAACCGGACCACCGCCUCAGUGUGGCUCUGCCUGCUGAACUAAGCACGCCUCCGUUCCUGGGUGUGACUCAGCGCGCUGUGAGCUCGCGCGGUUCCGUCUGUUUCAGGUGUGUGUUCAGGUUCUGUUGUUUCUCUGCGCCGGUUGGAAACCCGCGUUUUUAGACAUUUAACCCUCAGCUUGAGAAGCGGAGUGAGGUCUGACUCACGGAGACGCCGCGAGGAGCGAAGCCGUGCGUAAAGCUGCUGACAAGCGCGCCACAUUAUUUUACGCACCAACAUCACAAACUCCACAGACUCUGAACUCACGUGUUUCCUGCUGAGGAUGAAAAGCCAGAUGAGCCGCGAGCUGCUGCUCAGGUGGGUUUAACCCUCCGCUGGAUGAGAUGCCACCAUGUCCUUUACGCACCGGCUCGUUGUGCUCCUGCUCGGCUUCAGCCUCCACCACACGGUUGAUGGAAAGUUUCCCAACUGCCAGUUCCACUGGGAGAUUCAGAGAGCGGAGAGAGAGUGUCGGACACAGCUGCAGCAGCAGCACACGCCCCCCCCCACCACAGGAUGUCGUGGUGAGUGGGGCUUCGCGUCCUGUUGGCACAAUGCGGCGGUCGGUGAGGUGAUGACCCUCCCCUGCCCCUCCCCCCUUCUUCAACUUUUUGGAAAAAAUGGGAACCUGAGCAGGAACUGCACGGAGAGCGGCUGGUCGGACGUCUACCCCGUCAUCACCGUCGCCUGCUGGUCCAACGACACAGGUGAACCCAACGAGCUGGUUUUCUACAGAGUGGUGAGGAUCCUGUCCACUCUGGGCCACAGCCUGUCGCUCAUCGCUCUGCUCACCAGCACCGUCAUCAUCUGUUUGUUCAGGAGGCUCCACUGCAUGAGGAACUACAUCCAUCUGAACUUGUUCCUGUCGUUCAUGCUGCGAGCCGUUGCCGUGUUGACCAAAGACACACUCCUCUUCUCAGACGACGAGGACACAGACUGCAGCACGCAGCCCUCACUGGUGGGCUGUAGAGCCAGCCUGGUGUUCUUCAACUACUUCAUCAUGGCAAACUUCUUCUGGCUGCUGGUGGAGGGUCUCUACCUGCACAUGCUGCUGCUCGUCAUCCACACCUACUCCACCCCGCUCUCCAUCUACAUGUUCAUCGGCUGGGGAAUCCCUUUUGUCUUCCUGGUGGCGUGGAUCAUAUGUAGGAUUAAACUGGAGGACACAUGGUGCUGGGAGAUGAAUGAAAACCCGAUCCCCAACAGACUCAUCAACUGGCCCAUCAUGGCGUCCGUCAUCAUCAACUUCAUUCUGUUCAUCAGCAUCAUUCGUAUCCUGGUGCAGAAACUUCGCUGCACGGACGUCGGAGGAAACGAGAAAUCACAGUACAGACGUCUGGCGAAGUCCACCCUCCUGCUGAUCCCUCUGUUCGGGGUGAACUACGUGGUGUUCGUCUACCUGAUGGAGCCGCCCGAUAAAAACAUGAAUCGCAUCAAGAUCUUCUUCGAUCUCGGCCUGGGAUCCUUCCAGGGUCUAAUUGUGGCUGUGUUGUACUGUUUCCUCAACAGCGAGGUUCAGAGCGAGCUGAGGAGGACGUGGAGGAGUUUAUCUCUCAAGCGUUACGUGGGGCGGGACUACAGGCUGCACGCCAUGUCAAUCAGCCGAAACGGCACCGAGAACUCUGCCCAGUUUCCCAGGAACUCCCGAGCCCAGUCCAUCCUGCAGACUGAGACCACCAUGCUGUGACGGUCUGGUUCACAGGAAGUCGUACUCAAGGACGCUUCUAUAGACAUAUCACUUGCUGCUGCAGGGACUGAGCUGCAGAGGUUUCUGAGGUCAACAACCUCUUAUCAGAGAGGACGCGCCUCCUGGACUUUUCUAACAUCGCUCUCGAGUUCGUCCUCACGGUGGUCUUCAGUGUUUCUCGACUCACAGACAUCCACACAUGAAGCAAAACCUGCUGGAAUCAGGCAGAACAAAAACUUCCAUCAAUAAAUAGUUUUUAUUUCAGACUGUUUUAUAUGAUUAAAUAUUCUAACACAUUCGGAGGUUGAGAAUUAAGGUUUUCAGCCUAAAAUGCAGUGCAACUACAUCACUUUUUAUUCUUGCAUAUUCUCAGUGGUUAUUAAAUAUUUUUCAGACACAGCUGAAUGUAUUGAUAACGUGCUAUUAAUUCAGUUUAAUAGUGUGCUGCAGUUUCAUGCCAACAAACGUAAAGUUACAUUUAACCUUGGUGGAUACCUCGUCUUCAAAGCAAAGAACAUUUACCACAAAGAUUAAAAACAAGCUAAAUAAGAAUUUAUGUAUUAGAAACAUGUUGGUUAGGGUUAGGGUUAGGGUUAAUGGUGGUGGAGAAUCCCUGAUUUUCCCAAUUACUUUCUACAAAGAUGAGUCUUUGAGAUGAGAUAACACCCAUAACAUUUACUUCCUACAGACAAACACAAGACGGGAACUGCACAGAACUUGUCCAGUUAAACUUCAGGUGUAUUAAGCUAAAAGCCCUUCAAGGGUAUGAACUUUCCCCUUUUUGUCAUUUAAGCAACUUGCUCUUAGAAUCUCUCUGAGAGCAGCGCUGGGAUUUGUAGGAUGAGUGGACCACAGGAACUGUUCGGUUCUGCUUCCUGUAAGGUAGGAAGCAGCCCAGGAGUCGACGACGGGUCUGGGCCUGGAUGGUGAGGUCGGUUCGUCCCUCGGUGGUUUCGGCGAGACGUGUCUCCUCCCGCCUGGAGAGAGAGCUGAAGGGCAGCAGAAAGUAGGAGAAGGAGGUGUUCUUCAGUCCAUCCGGACCAUCUUCCCCCUGCGGCCUCCCGAGCCAUCGCCAUCUCUUUUCCUUUUAAUCAUUUUUACCAGUGUAAACAGUUCAGAAGGGAAAAAAAUGCAAAGGUUUUAGAAAACCUGCAGCAGAAAUAUGUGUUUUUUAUUAUUUUUUUAAAUUAUUUUUUAGCUUUCCUCUCCUGGUAAUCAUCUCACGGCCACUCAGGUUUAUCUUGCGACCCCUCGCUGGGGUCUCGACCUCCAUGUUGGCAACUGCUGUCUAUGUGAGAUGAUAAAAAAGUAAUUUCAUGUGGGAGUUAAAGAAAUGUACAGAUUACUGUAGCUCGUGUGUUUAUGUUAUUUUUCAUAUAAUUGGUGCCAAAUUCAGGGUUCAACCAAUAUGAGUCUCUGAAGCACAAAAUAUUUAAAAUGUAUUCUUGGAUUUCAGUGUUUACCAUUAGGAUCUGAAACGGUUUUACACAAAAACUCUUCUAAUCACGUUUAUCGCUGCCUGUAAAUGAAAUAAGUCACUAAAUAAAAAAACGAAAGUGUCUGAGGCAGAGAUUCAGUUCUAAUUACAGCCAAAAAAAACAAAAAAAAACACCUUGUACAGAAAGUGACUGUUUUGUAUUUUGUAUUAUUUGUGUUUUUUUGUUGACGACUGAGCAUCAGUGUCAUUUGUAAUCUUUUGAACUGUAAACCUGUGACUCCAUUUAUUUUAUGUAUAAAAAGCUUUUAUUGUGAA